AUGGUUGAAGAUCGAGGACCUCGCCUACGCAAUAUCUGUGCGGUAUUCCUGGCUUGUGCAGUUUUCUCGACCGCGGUACGAUGCUAUACAAGGGCGAGACUCGUCAAAUGGUUUGGACUCGAUGACUGGCUGAUGGUAGCCGCCGCCGUAAGCCUUACAAUAAUCUUCGAGUUGAUUCGAGCUUCUACUGACGGCAUUGAGCAGUUAUGCUAUAUCAUGUUUUCGACCUGCGUCAUCGCCGGAGUGCACUAUGGCACUGGACGGCAUUUUUCCGACCUCGAACCUGAGGAUAGUAUGAAAGCUCUACGGUACUGGUGGCUGUGCUACCUAGCCUACUCGCUCACCAUGAUCUUCGCCAAAACAUCGAUCGGCUUCUUCUUACUGCGCGUUGCUGUCGCCCGUAUCCAACGCCAGGUCAUUUACAGCGUCGUCUGUACGACCGUGGUCGUUGGCAUCGUUUUUCUUUUCGUAACCGUUUUCGAAUGCUCCCCCGUUUCGUAUUUCUGGAAUCGAGCCCAGGAUGGCCAUUGUCUCAGUAUGGAUGUCAUCAUUGGUUUGACCUAUUUCUACAGUGUGGUCAACGCCAUUUGCGACUUCACUUUUGGGCUUCUGCCCGUUUUUUUAGUAUGGAAGCUCCAAAUGGACAGAAGAGUGAAGAUUAUUCUCAUUCCGAUUCUGGGGAUGGGCUGUGUUGCCGCGAUCGCCGUUCUCGUACGAAUGGCCUAUGUCCGAGAUUUUGCAGACCCUGACUUCCUGUGGGCCACUGUGAAUAUUGCAGUCUGGUCCGAUAUUGAACUCGGCCUCGCUAUCACCGCCGGUAGCUUGGCCUGCCUCCGCCCUCUUGUCCAUAUAGUAAACGCAAAACUUGGACUCUCGAGCGUCAAGACCCCUCGCCCGAAUCCGGACUACAUUAGUGCUGGGCGCAAAACACCCAAUAUCAGCGGUCCAUUCAACCUUGCCAGCUUCAACAAGGAUGACAAAUGGAGAUUGAGUAGUGGGGCCAAUGACGAAGCCUUCAGACCGACAUAUCUUGACGAGAAUGGAAACAAGGAUCAAUGGGUGACCGGCCAAAGUGUAAAUGGAAGCGAAGAACACUUGAGAUCUACUCCCAAGGUGGAGAUGCAACAUCCACCAAAGGCUUACGCCAAAAGCGAGUCAGUUGGGGGCGUUGGACGUUAUGUUCACAAGUGA